AGAAGAUGUUCAGAAAUUCGUCACCUCAUGAUACAUGUCAACGAAUGAAGCGCAGCAAGCAGAAGAAGGCGGGACUUCUACUGCCUCUUCCUGUCCCUGAACAACCAUGGCAAGUGGUCAGCCUGGAUUUCAUCACCGGGUUACCACCUACCGCUACCGGUCAUGACGCAAUCCUUGUCGUCAUCGACAAGUUCUCCAAAAUGGGACACUUCAUCCCGAUACACACGACAGCGCAUACCGAAGAAACAGCACAACUCUUCAUUUGUUACAUCAUCUCACAACAUGGCAUUCCAACCACACUCAUCUCCGACCGAGACCCCAAGUUCACCAGCAAGUUUUGGAAGGAACUAAUGUCUCUGCUCAGGACCAAACUCACCAUGUCCUCCGCUUACCAUCCGCAGACAGACGGACAGACCGAGCGCCUCAACCAGGUUGUCGAGCAACUCCUCCGAGCAGCCUGCAAGGACGAGAUCUCUAAAUGGGACUUGCACCUACCCGUAUUGGAGUUUGCUUACAAUAAUGCUACACACGCCGAUACAGGACAGAUGCCAUUCUUCCUCUGCUAUGGACGCCACCCACUCACACCACAAAAACCGACAGCCUCAGCUACACCAUCUCCCAUCUAAACUUCGACCUCGCUUCUGCG